UAAUGUAAAAAUAAAAAAACAAAAUUAUAUAAAUAAUUAAAAAUAUAAAUAAAAGAAGAUGAGUGAAUUAAGGAUAAUUAGUAUUUGCAUUGGAAUUGCAUUACUAUUACGCUGGUCGAUAAGUUAUCAUCCUUAUUCUGGAUAUGGAAAACCGCCAAUGUAUGGUGAUUAUGAGGCCCAACGUCACUGGCAAGAAAUAACAAUUAAUUUACCACUGGAUAAUUGGUACAAAAAUAGUACAAAUAAUGAUCUUCAAUAUUGGGGACUUGAUUAUCCACCAUUAACAGCUUAUCACAGUUUAAUUAUUGGUAAAAUUGCUGGACUCAUUGAUAACAGCUACAUUGAAUUAACAAAAUCACGUGGAAUUGAAUCAGAUAAUCAUAAAAAUUUCAUGAGAUUAACUGUUUUAUUUUCUGAUUUAAUAAUUUAUUUACCAGCUGUUUUAUUAUUUUUCAUUGAUAAAUUAAAAUAUUCAUCAACUAACAAUAGCAAUGAUGAUAACUCAAUAUUUAAUUUAUCAAAAUUCAACAGUUUAUUGUUGACAUUUCUUAUUUAUCCAGGAAUAAUUAUCAUUGAUUAUGGACACUUUCAGUAUAACUGUGUGUCACUUGGUUUAUUUAUAUUAUCUGUUAAAUUUAUUGCAAAUAAUUGCUAUUCAAUUGGUUCAUUAUUUUUUGUUUUUGCAUUAAAUUAUAAACAAAUGGAACUUUAUCAUGCUCUUCCAAUAUUUUUUUAUAUUCUUGGUAUUUGUAAAAAACAAAAAAAUUUAUUUAAUAGUUUAAAAAUAUUGUCAAGUGUUGGUUUAACUGUUUUAGCAACAUUUGCUUUAAUUUGGUCACCUUUUAUUUAUAAAUGGCCUUCGUGUAUUGAUGUAUUGAUAAGAUUAUUUCCAUUUGGUAGAGGUGUGUUUGAAGAUAAAGUUGCUAAUAUUUGGUGUGCAAUUAAUGUUGUUGUAAAACUUAAAAAUUUAUUUGAUCAUAUGCAAUUGGCUAAGAUUUGUCUUGCUGCAACAGUCAUUACUAGUUUACCAUCAUGUUUAAAUAUUUUUUUAAAACCAAACAAAGAUAAUUUAAUUCUUUCUUUGAUUAAUGUAUCAUUGAGUUUUUAUUUAUUUUCAUUUCAAGUACAUGAAAAAUCAAUUCUACUUGUUGCCAUACCUGUUUUGUUAUAUUUUCAUAAUGAUCCAUUAGCUUGUUUUUGGUUUUUAAUUGUUUCGGUAUUUAGUAUGCUUCCAUUGUUAAUUAAAGAUCAAUUAUUUAUUGCCUAUUGUUCAUUAAUGGUAUUUUAUUUUUUGUCAAUUUGUACCAUUUGGAAAAAUACAUUAUUUAAUGUUAAAUUUAUUUCAAUUAUUUGUAAUUUUCAUGCUUCAAUAUUGACAAUGAUUAUUCUUACAAUUUCAAGUGUUACUUUAAAACCACCUAAAAAAUAUCCAGAUUUAUUUCCAUUAUUAAUUUCUGUAUAUUCUUGUAUACAUUUUUGUUUAUUUUUUUUAUAUUUUAAUUGUAAACAACUGGAAAAUAAUAAAUAUUGUCAAGAUAAUAUAUGCUGA